AUGGCUCCUCCCACAGCCUUGUCUGAGGGUAUUACUGCCCAAUCAGACCUUGACGACACUGACGACAGCUCACCAUCAUUCUUAGACACUUCGACUGACAUGGCCCGAUUGAAGCCAAGAGAGAUGUUGCUCCUCUCUAGCCGCGCGACCCUCGAGACUCGCUCGGUCUCAUUGUCUGGAGGAGGAGUCGCUGGUGUCGUUGUUGGUGUCAUUGUCGCCGUCUUUCUCGCUCUCGUUUGCGCCUAUCCCUUCUUUGCCCGUCGGAGGAGAACCAAGAAGCAUGGACCGCCCCAACGUCUUGACACGGAGACGGCUUUCGUCCCCGGGCCGAUGGGUCCCUCAGGACAGGCGCCGGCGCCCGGACCCGGAGUCAACAGCCAUCUAUCAUCUAAAGACUCGUUAGGCCAUAAGACGGACACCUUACGAGGCACGGAAAAACAGCCCACCAAAGACAAGGCCUUAUAUUCUCACAACGGCGUUGAUCGCCCUCCGAGCGAUGAGCUGGCCAGUCAUUACCAGCGUGGCUUCACCAGCGACAGUACCCAACCGAGUACGACGACGAGACGCGGCACUACCGAGUAUUCUUUUGGACGCGCACCUACGUGGAAGAGCGAGGCAUCUUACCCGUGGACACCUGCGGGUGUUGAGCUGGUUGCCACUCGCGCUGAUGGAAUGGACUACGCCGAUGCCAAUCAUGGGCAUAGCGCAACCUACUACAGUCCAACUAUCCCCUCCGAGGCCUUUGGCAUGGUCACGCCUCCCGCCGGUGAACCACAGACCAUUUCACCGCCUUCAAGACGUUCAAGCUCUCAGGGAAGCUCACUGAAGCUCAACCUAGCGAACAUAAUGCGCCGCAUCAGUACUAAGGACUCCGUCUUGACCCGCACAAAAGGUCCCCCUGCACAACCCUCGCAGCCAGUUCUCAGCGAAGUGCUAUCUGACUCUCCUACCGAACUCACAGGAGCAUCGUUCCGCGAGCGAGGUCCUGGAGCGGUAUCAACCCGGCAGUUAGACUCGCCCAUCCACCUUCCUGUUAGCCCCAUGUCGGAGUCAGAGGAGCUUGAUCACGCCCAAGAGCUGGACGCGAAAAGAGCUACCAAACGAAUCGAAUCGCCCCCUAUCUUGCCACCUGUUGUACCUGCGCCAGGCACUACCAGCACCCACCAUCACCAAGCCGGCUCCGAAUUCGCCACAGCCGUCACAAGCUCCUACGCCUCAAUCGCCUCCUGA